UGGACCAAUCGCGGCGCGGCUUGCUGCGAGGCGCCUUGACCUUAGUGCGAGAGUGCCCGGACCGAGCUCCGCCGCUCGCAAGCGAAGGCGUCUCGACUCGACUCCCACCCCCCCACACCACCACCACACCUCCCUUCGCUUCUCCGCGGCAACAACAAAAAAACCCAGCAGCGGCGGCGGCUGGAGACCGAUCGACGAUGGGGUUCUGGGAUAAGGCGGACAACGCCGACCCUCUGCAGAAGACCGUGGAGGCGACGAAAAUGGGCGCCAUCGCGGGUGCGCUUGGCACAGCGUAUUACCUCUCCGCUUUCGAGUCCACGACCACGGCGGGUUCACUGAUGCGGUUUGGGGCAGGAACCGCCGGGAUAGCCGCCCUUGGUGCCAUCUUCAGCGUCGGCACGUGCCUCAGCGCUCAGGUCCUGAACGAGCCUGACAACGCUUUCAAUCACUUUGUCGGAGGCUGCAGCGCUGGCCUGGCUUUGGGCGCCCGAGCCCACAGUUUCAGCGUGGCGUCUAUGGGCUGCGUUACAUUGGGAUCUCUGGGCGUGCUCGCAAAGGUCGGCCACCGGGAGGGCUGGCGUUUCAUUGGGCCAGCGCUAACGCAGGCUGAAGUAGACGCACAAGCUAUUGCCCCCUCACCCAAGGCAUCCCAUUAAGAGUAUGGAAUCGUUUCAGAGUUCAAGGGCAGACAUGCAUGCACACACUGACAGACACCUGGUGUGAAUACACAGGCACUUGGAUAUUGAAGCGUGCAGAUUUACAAUCUGCCUGUAUGUGCAGCACAUUCAAAGUCACUUACACAAGUUCUAAUGAAAGACAAGUUGACAAAGACGUGUGUUGCCAUUUAACCACAUUGUAAAUUUUGCCUUGUAAAGAAAUCAUCUCGAAAAGAUGGUUGUCGUAUAUUGUACUGAAUCCUAAAUAAAGGUGAUACAACAAA